AGGUGGGGUGUCGUAGGAGGUGGUGGCAAAGAACAGGAGGGAAAGAGGUGGGACCGAGCGUGUGGAAGAGCGAGAGGACGAGGUGAGUAGCAGCGAGUCCGUGAGCCCGAGUGAGUAACUGGGAGUCGCAACCGAGGACCCACUCAGUCACCACGAGAUCGGCAAGCCGAAUGGUCAACCGCGCCGGUUCUCCCGCUCGGAACUCUGCGCACAGCUGAAGGGACAAUCGAACCGACACAAGGACACGUUGCGUUCCUUCGAAUGUCAACUAGCGCGUUCCUUGCUCGACGCAUCGUCGCUCGAACCGUGCCAUUGCCGAUCGCGCAUCCGACGUGCAUCCCACGAUGUGGAGAUUUCUGGUGCGCUGUUAUGUCACGUUGACAUCGAUCUGACGCGUUUCGUUUCGUUUAGUUUCGCUCCGUUCCGUUCCGUUUCGUUUCGUUUCGUUUCGUUUCGUUUCCUUUCGUUUCGUUUCGUUUCGUUUCGUUUCGUUUCUCUGUUUCGACCGCAAAAGACGAACGUUUCCGCGUCCGUUUCUACCCACCGAUUUCCCGAACCGAGACUGACUUUCCCGGGGAAAAGACGGAGCCAAGGUGGGACCGGAAGUGCGUGAGUGGAUGCGAGCAAGAGGUAUCGACGGGAGGAGCCGAAGACUCUCCUGCAGAAGGCCGAGGAAGAGAUGAUCUACGAGCUGCUGGUGGCUGGAGCGUUCGCCCUCGCCACGCUAAGGCGGUAUCCGGUGGGACAGACGAUUACCUUCGCGUUCCUCGCAUCGUUGCUGAGCUCGGGCCUGAACACGGUUUCAAGCGCACCCGCUUACGGCCCCCGCACCGCCGUAUCCAACGCGAACAACAUGGACCGGUGGUUGCAACCAUGCGGCAACCCGGUCGCGAUGCAGUUCAAGAAGAUGCCACAGAGACACAGCGUGCAUAGAACGUUGAAAAGAGUGCGGACGCAGCUCCGCGUUGCCCAGAAUCACUUCAGAAAGCAUCUGGAUGAUGUGCACGAGAUAUACUCGAAGGUGUACUCGUUGAAGGGGCAAUACAGAAUGCCUUGGCUCCCGGAGAAGGAGUUCGAGUGGUAUUUCAGGGAGGUUUGGUGUCUCGAAAAGGGAAAGAAAGCUGACCGCGCGCUUCCACAUCUCUACGAUUCGCUGCAAAGGUUCGCCAUCACGUUCCAUCAUCUCAGAACUUUCCGCCUGAAAUCUAACAUCAACGUUGACCUCACGAUGGACAGGAGAAACGAGAUUAUCAAUCAAAUGCACAAUGAGAUUCUUAGGGUAUUGUGCGAAGUGGAGACCGCCAUUCUAAACUUAGGGUUACAAGUUCCCGCGGCGCACACGGCGAAAAUAGUGACGGAAAGUUCAAAUUGGGCGAAGGAAGCCGACCUGACUUCGAUGUUGAUCCAAGAUUGGGGCGUGAUAAGAUUGUAUCAGGCGUUUCUGAAAGCUUGGACGAAAGCUUUCCGCGACGCGACCGCGCUUGGACCAGGGACAUGCGAUCCUAAUAGGCCGAAUCCAGGAGCUAAGAACAUUAACAAAGGAUCUGGGCCAAAGGGUAAAAGGAUAUCGAAGAUUAAGAAGCAAAAAAGGCCAGUUAGAAAGCAUUCAGAGGGCGGUGGCCAGAAUAGUUCCUUGCCUCAGGGACCAAAAAAGAGUAUUCCGAGGAACAGACUGCUGAAAAACAAACAAAAGAAGGGAAUGUGAUGAAAUUCGCCUCGUGAGGUUUUGUUUUCUUUUUUACCGGAUCUACUGAUUAUUUUAAAGGGACGGUUAACAGGCAACUUCUUCGUUUUGCGUGUAAAACAACUCUCUCUUUCUCUCUCUUUCUUCUCUCUUCAUUAUUAUGACUGGAAUAUCUUUAUCGCGUUACACUUUUCAUAUUAUCAUUAUGUUAUUAAUUUAAAAAAAAAAAAACAUUUAACGAUAUCCAAUGCCUUAUGUAAGAAACGCGUAAUCUCUUAGUUCCUUUAGACACGUCGAGAUUUAUUCGUUCGUACGUACGUAUUAUCAUUUUCUUUUUUCAUUUUUUUAUAAUUUCUUUAUUUAAAUUAUUAAUAUUUGUGAUCACCAUCAAAUUAUUUUGCCUGUCAAUCUUCCACGAUGACGAUGUAUUUCUAUACUCUUCGAAUUGUCAUUCAUCUUUCUUAUUUAUUUUGUUUUUAUUUUUAUUCUUUUUUUUUUUUUUUU